UAUACAUAUAUAUAUAUAUAUACAUAUAUAUCGGACACUGACGAUGUUUCUUGUUCAAUUGAUAAGCAACAUUUUCACAUAUAAAAAUAGGGAGAACAGUAGGUGUUUGUAGGGCUUCUGUUUUGACCCUAAUAUUCAAAUCAGCGAGGGAACCAGCCUGCUACGUGGCCGGCUGAGCUGCUAAAAGCAGCAACCAAAUUUUUCCCUAUAUCACAUCCUACUAUCUAGAAACCCCCCCCCCCAAAAAAAAUAAACCCCCAAAAGCAACAACCUCUAAACGAAAGAGAUUAAAUAAUGUAGUCUAGUCGCUUAUACAUAAAUACAAAUCAUGAUGGUCAAGGCUGGAAUGCCUUCUGACCAUAGGUCUGCACGAUCAGGGCUGACCUGGGGUUGAAAACACACUGACAAAUUUAUAUACACACGCACAAACCCUCAAUUUCACAUAACCCCCCACUGAAGAAGAAAAAUAUCAGGAAACAGUCUGUCAUAUUUAUAACAAUAUGUUGAAAACGACGUUAUCAACAAGCAAUACAUCGGCGUUUAGCAAACCGACCAGUUCCUUUGCUAACAACAACAACAAUACCAACAACAACAACAAUAGCAACAGCCACCACCAUCACCACCACUUACAACAACAACAGAACGAUGCCAACAGUACAAAGAGAAUGGUUACGGGUUCGUCCUUAACCUCGGCAACCGGGUCACCACUACUGGUCGCUCAUAUUGACGUCGGCUGUAGUGGAAGUGGUACUGGUGGUGGUGGUGGUAGUGUCAGUGGCGGUAGUGGUGGCGGUGGCGGUGUUGGUGGUAGUAGUGGUUGUGGAAAUAGUAGUAGCAGUGGUAGUGGUGGUGGUAGUUGUAGCAGCAAUAGUAGUAAUAGUAGUAGUAGUAGUAGUGGUGGCGGCGGUAGUGGUGGUAUUGUUUGCAGUGGUGUGCUUGUGAAUGGUUCGACUACGAUCGGUGGCGGUUGUAGUAGUAGUAAUAGUAGUAGUAGUAGCUGUAGUAAUGUUAGUGGUAGCAGUAAUAACAGUAAUAAUAACAACAACAACAAUAACAAAGCUAUGACGACGACGACGACGACGACGACGACGACGACGAUGAUGACGCCAUCUUCGUCGUCGUUGUCAUCGUCUUCGGAACUCUACCUUAGCAACAACAACAAUAACAACAUCAACAGCAGUAGUCCGACAAUGAUUGAUGUGAACAUCGGCGAUACGAGUUCGAUUUCGUCGUCGGCCUCAUCUGUUGCUGAUUCGUCAAUGUCACCGGAUUCGUCGCCGACAUCGACGCCGACGCCAAUGGCGCCCUUACCGGUGGUUCCGGUGCCGGGUUCAAUUUCCUAUGUGGCCAUUCAUCAAAGUCCGCUGCCACCGCCGGGCAAGGAAUCGAUACGCUUUAGCGUCGAUUCGAUCAUCGCCACGUCGGAUAACAACAGCAGCCAUAUUGGCAGCAAUCACAACAACAACAAUAACAACAAAGGACACCACCACCUACUCCACCACCACCACCAUCACAACAACAACGCAAACAGUAACAGCAACUUCAACAGUCAUUCUCAACACCUUCAUAACCACCAUCACCACCACCACCACCACCACCAUCACUUACACAACAACAAUAGUAACAACAACAACAACAACAAUAAAAACAGCCAUCACUUUACUAGUGGACUUGAUGAAGACCUCCACAACGACGAACAGAACAGCAUCUCAAAACACGUCGCUGCUCUCAACAACAGUUCACCCACCACCACAACCACCACCACAAACACAACCAAUAACAACAAUAACAAUAGUACUACUACUACUAAUAACAGGCUGUUGGCCGAGGACAGUUGUGUGGGUGGUCCGGGUGCCGUGACGGCGACUGCGGGUUCGCCCCACUCUUCGUCCUCUCCGUCGUCCGCCUCGUCUGUCCACUCGUUUAGUGUGGCUGGGAUUCUAAGCAAGCCGAGUAGCAAUGUUCUGCGAUAUAACCACCCUUCGGACGCCGCUGCAUCAGCGACAGUUUCACAUUUUUUACCCCAGCAUCACCAUCAUGAUGCGAGGUGGCCCGUGUCCGCUUGUACAUCAGCCUCUUUUCCAUGGCUUUCAUCCUCAACUGUUUCACCGCAACCACGAGUCGGUAGUCCGCCUCGUCUUUCAGCACAGAAAUGUACGCUUCGGAAGCACAAGACGAACCGCAAACCCAGAACUCCCUUCACAACCUCACAGUUGCUUGCACUCGAGCGAAAAUUUAGAACUAAACAGUAUUUAUCAAUUGCCGAACGUGCAGAAUUUUCAGCCUCUUUGAAUCUCACGGAAACUCAAGUGAAAAUUUGGUUUCAAAAUCGUCGAGCCAAGGCCAAAAGGUUACACGAAGCUGAGAUUGAAAAACUGAAAAUGGCUGCCAAGCCUAUGCUUCCGCCAGCUUUGAGUAUUACGUUCCCAGCUGCGGCGGCCCUUUAUGGCAAUCAGACAACAAGACCACAGCUUCUUCCUCAAACUCUGUUCCCGCCAUUUGGAUUUUAUACCACGGGGCCUUCCACUAUGAUUUAUCACCACUAGCAAAGGUGACCUUCGAACUGACUCGAAAUAGACCAACAUAAAGUAAAUAAAUUCAUAAUAAUAAUAAUAAUAAUAAUAAUAAUAAUAAUAAUAAUAAUAAUAAUAAUAAUGAUAAUUAUUAUAA